AUGGCUGACACCAAGCCCGUCAUCGGCUUCGCAGGCCUUGGAGCCAUGGGAGGUGGCAUGGCAAAGAACUUGGUCCAAAAUGGCUUCACAGUCUAUGGCUACGACGUCUACCAGCCUCUGGUUGACAGCUUUGUGGAGGCAGGUGGCAAGGCAGCAAAGACGCCCAAGGAAGCUGCAGCCCAGGCAGACUUCUUCGUAUCGAUGGUGGCCAAUGCAGCACAGAACUCAAGCCUGCUUUUUGAAGGCGAAGAUGCUGUCAUCAAAGGUCUUGGACAGGGAAAGACUUUCAUCUUGUGCUCGACCACCCCUCCAGCUUUUCUACACGAGCUGAGGGAGAGACUCGAUGAGGAGGUUGGACGAUCCGAUAUCAAGCUACUGGAUUGUCCUGUAUCUGGAGGAACGAUUCGAGCAGCAGAUGGCACGCUGUCGAUAUUUGAGUCUGGGCCAAACGAAGAUCUUGAUAACGCGAAGCAGGUACUUCAGACCAUGUCUGCUAACCUCUAUCGCAUGGGUGGCAUCAGCUUCGGAACGAAGACCAAGACAGUCCAUCAGCUUCUCGCAGCCACCAACAUCAUCUCAGCAUCCGAAGCCGUGGGUCUGGCAGCGACCGUAGGCCUAAACACCCAAGCCGUAGUAGACCACGUCAACACAUCCGACGGCGCCAGCUUCAUGUUCGAGAACAGAGCACCACACAUGCUCAAAAACGACUGGCACCCCUACUCAGCCCUCGCCAUAAUCUGGAAAGACGCCGCCAUCGUCACAGACACAGCACGAAAAGCCCUUAUCCCCACGCCGGUCGCAGACACCGCCGAGCAAAUGUACAUCAAAGGCGGCCAAGCGGGCCUAACCAAAGUCGACGACGCAGCCCUCGUCCAACUCUACCUCCCCAAAUCCCAACCCCACCUCGUCAGCCAAAUGACCUCCGCCGACGUCGCCAUGAAUUCCUCCCACAAAGUAAGCAAAGACACGAUCGUCGACCUCCUCGCCGGCAUUCAUCUCGCCGCCUCGAUAGAAGGGAUGGCGUUCUGUAAAGACCUAGGCAUGGACCGCAAGACGUUGUACGAAAUUAUCUCGAAAGCAGCAGGUUGGAACGCGAUGUUCACAAAAUACAUCCCCGCCAUGCUUGAGAAGGACUCCUGGACCCUCGCGGACUGUCCUGGGGCAGCUGAAGUUGGGCAGAAAUUGGCCGACGCUGUGCAGAAGGCGCAGGCGAUCAAGUACCCGACUCCCAUGGCGUCGAGUGCGUUGCAGCAGUUUUCUUUUGCUACGCUUGUGGAUAAGAGUGUUAGUGGGCAGGAUCGGCAUAGUAGAUAG